CGGCCUCCCUGUGGCCGCCUGUGCUGGUUUGGUUAGUGAGACUGUUGCUUGUUGCUGGAGGACGGUGCGCUUCAUCCAUCCAUCCAUCCACACACACACACACACACAGCGGCGGAGAUGGCGGACCCGGCGCAGUGUACCAUCAAGGUGGUGUGCCGUUUCAGGCCGCUCAACAAAUCGGAGGUGGCCCGCGGGGACAAGUACAUCCCCAAGUUCACGGGGGACGACUGCGUGCAGAUCGCGGGUAAACCGUACUACUUUGAUCGCGUAUUCCAGUCCAACACGACCCAGUUGCAGUUCUACAAUGCCGUGGCCCAGAAGAUCGUCAAAGAUGUUCUGGACGGCUACAACGGGACAAUAUUUGCCUAUGGGCAGACGUCCUCGGGCAAAACUCACACAAUGGAGGGGAACCUCCAUGACCCAGACAUGAUGGGAGUCAUUCCCAGAAUUGUUCAAGACAUUUUCAACUACAUUUAUUCCAUGGAUGAGAACCUGGAGUUUCAUAUCAAAGUUUCAUAUUUCGAAAUUUACCUGGACAGAAUCAAGGACCUGUUGGACGUAACAAAGACCAACCUUUCUGUGCACGAGGAUAAAAACAGGGUGCCUUAUGUCAAGGGGUGUACUGAGCGUUUUGUGUGCAGCCCCGACGAGGUCAUGGACGCCAUAGAUGAAGGCAAAAACAGCAGACACGUGGCUGUCACAAACAUGAAUGAGCACAGUUCCAGAAGUCACAGCAUCUUCCUCAUCAACAUCAAGCAGGAAAACACACAGACUGAGCAGAAAAUGACCGGCAAACUCUACCUCGUCGAUCUGGCUGGCAGCGAAAAAGUGGGGAAAACUGGCGCGGAGGGCACCGUGCUGGAUGAAGCCAAGAUGAUCAACAAGUCCCUGUCCUCACUGGGAAUUGUCAUCUCAGCCCUGGCAGAGGGCUCGGCCUAUAUACCGUACAGAGACAGUAAGAUGACCAGGAUCCUGCAGGACUCGUUAGGCGGGAACUGUCGGACCACCAUGGUCAUCUGCUGCUCCCCCUCCUCUUUCAACGACGCGGAGACCAAGACCACACUGCAGUUUGGACAAAGGGCGAAGACUGUAAAGAACACGGUGACCCUGAACGUGGAGCUGACCGCCGAGCAGUGGAAGAGCAAGUGGGAGAAAGAGAAGGAGAAGAACAAGACGCUGAAGAACACCGUCAACUGGCUGGAGAACGAGCUCAACCGCUGGAGGAAGGGAGAGGACGUACCAGUGGAGGAGCAGUUUGACAAAGAGAAGGCCAAAGCAGAGGUCCUGGCCUUGGACAAGGCUCUCAACAAUGACAAGACGGCACCCACACCGGCCCUCAGCACGCUGCCCGGGGUCACGCUCACCGGCCCCGAGAAGGAGAAGUGCGAGGCGGAAAUGGCCAAACUGUACAAAGAGAUGGAUGACAAGGACGAUGAGAUCAACCAGCAGUCUCAGUUGUUGGAGGCGCUGAGGGAACAGAUGUUGGACCAGGAGGAGCUCUUGACCUCCUCCCGUCACGACCACGACACCCUGCAGAAGGAGCUCAACCGCCUGCUGGCAGAGAACGAAGCCUCCAAGGAGGAGGUGAAGGAGGUGCUGCAGGCACUGGAGGAGCUGGCCCUCAACUAUGACCAGAAGAGUCAGGAAGUCGAGGACAAAGCACAAGAGUUCGAGGCGCUCAGCGAGGAGCUGAACGAGAAAUCUAGCUCCUUGGCCUCCAUUGACUCUGAACUGCAGAAGCUGAAGGAGAUGACCAACCACCAGAAGAAGAGGGUCACUGAGAUGAUGUCGUCAUUACUCAAAGAUCUGUCUGAGAUCGGCAUCGCCGUGGGAAGCAAAGACAUUAAGCAACAAGACAGCAGUGGUCUCCUCGACGAAGAGUUCACCGUGGCGCGUCUCUACAUCAGCAAGAUGAAGUCGGAUGUGAAGACGAUGGUGAAGCGGCUGAAACAGCUGGAGAGCACCAAGGCCGAGAGCAGCCAGAAGAUGGACGAGACGGAGAGUGAGCUGACCGCCUGCCAGCUCCGCGUCUCCCAGUAUGAGGCGAAGAUCAAGUCGCUGACAGACUGCCUCCUGAAUGUGGAGCAGAAGAAAAGGCAUCUGGAGGAAAACGUGGACUCUCUCAAUGAGGAAAUAGUCCGGAUCAAAGCCCAAGAGAAAGUUAACGCCAUGGAGAAGGAGCACGAGGUUCAGUCUACUAAUGAAGUUAAGGAGACUGUGGAGAAGCAGAUCCAGUCCCACAGGGAGACCCACCAGAGGCAGAUCAGCAGCCUGAGAGACGACCUGGACGGCAAGGAGAGGGUCAUCAUAGAGCUGCAGGAUCUGAACCAGCAGAUCAUGUUGGAGCAGGAGAGGCUGAGAGUGGAGCACGAGAAGCUCAAAGCCGUCGACCAGGAGAAGAGCCGCCAACUGCAAGAGCUCACGGUGUUGCAGGACAGACAGGAGCAGGCCAGACAGGACCUGAAGGGAUUAGAGGAGACUGUGGCCCGGGAGCUGCAGACGCUCCACAACCUGAGGAGGCUUUUUGUCCAAGACUUGUCCACUAGAGUCAAAAAGAGUGCGCAGAAGGACUCAGAAGACUCAGAGGGCAGCACCGCCCAGAAACAGAAGAUCUGUUUCCUGGAGAACAACCUCGAGCAGCUGACCAAAGUCCACAAGCAGCUGGUGCGGGACAACGCCGACCUGCGCUGUGAGAUCCCCAAGAUGGAGAAGCGCCUGCGGGCCACGGCUGAGCGGGUCAAAGGCCUGGAGACGGCCCUGAAGGAGGCCAAGGAGAACGCAGCCCAUGACCGAAAGCGCUACCAGCAGGAGAUGGAGCGCAUCAAGGACGCCGCCGUCGUCGCCAAGCCUAAAAACAUGGGCCGGAGAGCGUCCAUCGCCAAGCCCAUCAGACCAGGCCAGCUGCCGGGUGCUCCCCUGAUCCCCAGCGUCAACAGGUCCAACCUCAUCCAGAAUAACCAGACUGCCGGCAUCAAAGGAGGAAGCAACAACAGCUGCUGGGAAGAUGAAUCAUGAAGCCACGAAGGAACAAAGCACUGAUCGUCCACCUGGCAUCACCGCACAAUUCCUCCAAAAAUUAAAGUGUGUAUAUCUGUCUUGUCUAUGUCUUUUAUAGUUGCCUAAAGUUCAAACAUAUUACUUCUAUUAUGCUGUACAGUAGAGAGAGAGCGUGCACUGUUCCUUUUCUCCGAUCUUCUCUGUCUUCACUGGGAUUCUCUCCAUUUUGGCUCAAAUUGUGAACUGGUUGACUGGGAGAAAUGGUUGCAUAUAUUUAAAAUCUCCUCUAAUGACACUGAUCCGACUAUGCAUUCUUGUUAUUAUAUGCAGAUGAUUGAAAUGAUUGCUGUCAGCCACUGAGAUGUGUAUUUACCACAACAUGGCGGGUCAAAAAUGAUGCAUGUAGUGUUUUUGUCAGCUGAGAAGAGACAGAACUCCUGUUGAACUUUGCUUUUCUUGUUUCUGUGUUUGCAAGAAUUUUUUUUUUUUUUAAAAAAGCAUCAGCUUCCCAACUGUCAUUUGUCACUGCAAGUCUUUGGCUCAGGGCACAAGGUGUCGUUAUAUACAAGUCUUAUUUAUGCCUGAAGGCUGCAGGCAAAAGGUUUUCAUGUUUACUUUGUUUGAUAACGCAUGAAUUAUGUUUUAUUGUUAAUAUAUAUUUACCACUUAGAUGGAAAUGCUUGAAUUUAUAGCAGCGAAGAAGACGAGUUGUUUUCUCGUGUGACACUCACAUCUGUCGUCUUGGAAGAAUCAUUUGUUCAUGUUCAUCCAACUGAGUGAACAGUUUCAACUGCCUAUUGUGACAUACUGAGCCACCGAAAGUGUUAUUGAUAACUUAAAGUUUUGAAGUCACUAAAACCAACGUAUAUGUGCCUUGGAAAUGUGUAUUUCUGGCACUCCCAUCGGACCUACUGUACUACCGCACUUCGCUCUUUUUUUCUUCUUCUUUUUUUCUUAUAUAAAUUCCAAACAUAAUGAAAAAAUUAAAAGCAAACCGUGAUGCAUUUAUAGUCAGACAUUCUUGAUUUUGCAUGCCGAAAGGGUUGAAAGGUUUUUGAAAAUUACCACAAAAAAGCCUUAACGCUAUCAAUUAAAAUCUUCUCUAU